GCCCGCCCCGUGACAUCAUACUUCAAAACAAGGAUGCAUCUCAAAUAAAGAAAUGGAAUCGUUCGCCACAAUCGAAGAUCACGUGGAUUUGGAAAAAGCUGUAGAAUCAGCGCCCUUGUCAAAUUCUUAUCUACUCAAAGAUGUUGUCACUUGUUGUCCUGAUGAUCCUGUUUCAACCAGAAGAGGGAGGCUCCUCACCUAUCUCCUGUUACAAUGAUCAAGGGGAAGCUGUUGACUGGUUCUAUCUCUACAAACUCCCCCAUGUUGAUCGUGAAUUUCCCAAUGAUGGACAGAGUUAUCUACUGAUGGACAAAGGGAGCGAGGGAUGGACAGAUGGAAAUGUGUUGGUAAAUGACAGCACUGGAGCCCUGGGGAGGACAGUGGGCCAGCUGUAUGAGCAGGGGAAGAAUGGUGACAUUGCAUACAUCCUGUACAAUGACCAGAGACCACCCGAGGAGGGAGAAAAGGGAUUUGGUUUCCUUAGUAGCCGAGGUGGCCACACCAAAGGUGUUGUCUUAUUGGACAAGACACAGGGCUAUUGGUUGGUCCACAGCACCCCUCAUUUCCCCCCUGUAAAGGAAAUCGGGCAAUAUUCCUACCCAGGUAGUGGUGUACAGAAUGGACAGAACUUCAUCUGUGUGACCUACCCACUGGAGCGCUUUCAGGCCAUUGGAGAGCAGUUGCAGAUCAACCAGCCCAAUGUGUAUGACUGCGGUGUCCCUGCUUCCUUGGCCUCUCUGGUGCCUGCACUGGCUGACGUCUGUAACAACAGUCAAGGUCAGAUGGCCUAUAGCAGCUUACCGCACACCCAACCUGCAUCCAAUCGCAGCGUGUCUCUCACCUCAUUGGGUGGAACCGAGUUCAUCAGCUUUGCCAAGGGGAGAUCAUUCAAUAAUGAUCUGUACCACUCCUGGGUGGCUCCCUCCCUCCAGUCAGACCUCCUAGUCCAGUUCUGGAUCCGUUCCACUGGCAUCCUGCCCUCUGACUGCUCCCUGGGCUGGAAGGUCCUGGACAUCCAGCUUAUCUCCCCAGGCGGGAGGAUCACCUUCAAGACCUCCAACGACCACUCCAAGUGGGCCGUGAGUACCACCGGGGGUGGGUUGGAUGGAGCUGCUGGCUGGGUGUGUGUGGGCGACAUCAACCGCAACGAGGCUGAGGAGAAGAGAGGGGGCGGGACGGUGUGUCUGCAGGACGCCACGGUGUGGAAGGCCUAUCGGACAGCGGCGCUGGAGUGUGAGAUGUGCGGGGGAGAAACUAGCGGGUGUGAUGUGGAUGUAGAGGAUGCAAGGCACUACCAGGGAGAUAUGAAUCAGUAAGCAUCAGUGUAAAGUUACUAGUAUGCACACAGUUCACACAGUUUUGGAGUGUUUCAGAAAUUGCCAUGAAUAGAAACACACUUGAUCAUUUUGAUGCACGCUAUGUAGUUCUAUAAGUUGCUAAUGACUGUAGGCAAUGUUGAUUGUGAUCUCAGGUAUGUUUUUAGACAUUUUAUGUGUGUCUGUUUUCAACCUUUUUUAUGUGACAAAUGAUUUAACAAAAAAAAAGAUUGUUAAAGUAUG